UACUGUAAGCGGGUAUCGAUUGCGAGCGGAAAUGCUAAUUUAAUAUUGGAAUUACUGUAGAGCCCGAUCGUUGUUAGUCCAUCACAGUACUGUCAGUGGCACCGAUCGCGGACGAGCCGUGAAUGUUUCAACAACGAUGUGGAACUACGUGCUGGUCUCGAUCCUUGUCUUAGUCGUUUCAUUGCUGUACCAUUGCUAUUUCAACGGUCCAGCCAGCAUUGUCGUGCACCCUAACACGCAUUACGAUUACAUAAUCGUUGGUGCUGGAACAGCGGGAUGCGUAGUGGCGUCACGGCUUUCCGAAAUUUCAAACGUGACGGUUUUGUUGGUCGAAGCGGGUGGACAUUUCGGAUGGGUAUCGUCCGUUCCAAUUCUGGCGCCGUUCAUGCAAAGGACCGACGUCGAUUGGUCGUACUCCACCGAACCGCAAAGAUUCUCUUCGAAAGGAUUUUGGAAUCACAUACAAAAUAUACCGAGAGGCAAAGGGUUGGGCGGUAGCGGGCAGUUAAAUCACUUGGUUCACUCCUUCGGAAAGCCGGAAGAUUACAAAGCCUGGCCGAAGGGAUGGUCACACGCCGAUCUACUUCCGUACUUUAAAAAGGUGUCCGAUAUCAUGAACGUAAUGUCCAGCCCAGAGGAAGAAUAUCUGGCGGACGCUUUUCUCAUGGCGGAAGAAUCGUUGAAGUUGAAUAAUGUGACUAUGCAAAAAGGGAUGUACACGACUAAAAGAGGCUCCCGCUGGAGCACGUUUAACGCGCAUUUACAAAAUGCCUGGAACAGGAGGAACCUGCAUAUUUUAACAAACACGUUGGUUUCCAAAAUACUUUUCAAAGAGAAUUUAAACGCGGACGGGAUCAAAGUGAUUUACAAUGAUGGAUCGGUGGGAAGGAUUGCCGCGAGAAAAGAGGUGAUACUCUGCGCGGGUGUUAUCAACACUCCUCAAUUGCUUUUGCUUUCGGGAAUCGGGUCAGCCGAAGAGCUUGACAAAUUUCAGAUACCAGUGGUGAGCAGUCUGCCGGAAGUGGGCAAGAAUUUGUUCGACCAUCUUCUUCUUCCGCUUUAUGUCAAUCUCGAGGCGAGAGUAAGCAUGACUCUGUACAAGUUACAAACAGUCCCCGAAGUACUCAGUUAUUUCGUAUACGGUAGAGGGUGGUACGCGACUAAUGGUAUAAUGGCGGUGGGUCGUGCCAACGAUAGCGGAAUUAUGCUAUUUGGGAUGGGCUCUACCGACGAAAACAUAUUAAAGAGCUUGUCUAAUUACAAAACAGAGCCUUACAGAGCGAUGUAUCCAUCCUACAACAACAGCACGCGCGAAGGAUUUUUAUUGCUAGCCCAUUGUUUGCAACCGAAAAGUCGUGGCAGCGUUUCGGUAAAAUCCAGCAACAUUCGUCAUCAACCAAAGAUUGAUCCUGCUUAUCUUCGAGACUACGACGACGUUCUGUGCAGUCACCCUGUAAACUUCGCCAUUCAGACGGUCGAGACGCCCAAGUUUCGCGAAUACGGCGCGAAAGUUCAUCAUCCUGACUUGGAAGAGUGUCGGCAUUUGCCACGUGACUAUCGAGACUUGGAAUACACGGAAUGCGUGCUGAGGGUCGCGGCCCUGACGAGCUAUCACGUUUGCGGCACCUGCAGGAUGGGUGCUGCCGACGAUCGUUCAGUCGUCGACGAGAAAUUACGAGUGAGAGGUGUGAAAAGACUGAGGAUAAUAGACAGCAGUGUGUUACCGUCUCCCAUUUCCGGUAAUCCGAAUUCCGUUGUGAUCGCCAUAGCGGAACGAGCAAGCGAUGUGAUUCUCGAUCGCACAUCUUAAUUGACAAAUCUGAUCGUGUUCGCGUCGAAACAGAGAAAAAAGAAAAUGUAUUAUUUUUAAAAGCACGUUGAAUCUAGUUAAUUAAACGGUUGGACCAAACGAUCGAGUAGAUUAU